CAUCAGAAGUUUAUUCCUCCAGGAACAAUAGCAAAUUCAGGAAAAAGAAUGAGAAGGGUAAAAUUGUAAUUUGUGUUCUUCACUUCGUCUUCCUCUACCUGCCUCACAUUUUCUUCCAUAGGUUUAGCUCCGAUAUACACAGAAAUAUGCACCUCCUUCCUUCUUCAAACCCUAAUUUUACUCUCUUCUUCACCUCUCAAAACCCUACAAACCUCUCCAAAUGUACACUCCAUAUCCCGCGCUGCUCUUCCAGAGAUUCCUCCUCCGCACCAGUCAUCGACCACGCCUCCGCGCUUCCCUACUCUGACUCCAAUUCUUAUGCUGCCGCAGCCGUUGUCUCGACCAAGGAAAUAGCUUCGAAGAGCCCCCCCGACUCCUUGCCGGACGGAAUGCUCGUGGUUCGACGGCCGGCGAUGGAGGCUUCAGUAGGAGACAAUGCGGCGGCGAUUGACGAGGGACUUGCAAAGUUCGCAAAGAAGAUGCCGAUUUUUGAGCCCCGUGAGCGGAUUGAAUCUGGCCCCUUGCAGGCGAAGCCUCUGCCGGUGAAUUUGGACUUGGCUUUGUAUAAGGCCAAGGUUUUAAACAGGGGUUACAGAUUUGCGGAAGCUGAGGAAAUUCUUCAGAAGUGUAUAAGCUAUUGGCCAGAAGAUGGGCGAGCUUAUGUGGUUUUGGGGAAAACUUUAAGCAAGCAAUCAAAGACUGCGGAAGCUCGAGCUGUUUAUGAGAAAGGUUGCCAAGCUACUCAGGGGGAGAAUCCCUUUAUCUGGCAGUGUUGGGCUGUUUUAGAAAAAAGUGUGGGAAAUAUAAGGAGGGCACGGGAAUUAUUUGAUGCUGCCACUGUUGCUGACAAGAGACAUACUGCUGCCUGGCAUGGUUGGGCAGUUCUUGAGCUGAAACAGGGGAAUAUCAGGAAGGCAAGGAGCCUUCUCGCUAAAGCUCUCAAAUUUUGUGGAGGAAAUGAGUACAUAUACCAAACGCUGGCAUUGCUGGAAGCUAAGGCGAAUCGCUUUGAGCAGGCUCGAUAUCUGUUCAAGCAGGCCACCAAGUGUAAUCCCAAAAGCUGUGCUAGUUGGCUGGCAUGGGCACAAAUGGAGAGUCAGCAGGAAAAUAAUCGAGUUGCUAGACGACUCUUUGAGAAAGCUAUUCAGGCAAGCCCCAAGAAUAGAUUUGCAUGGCAUGUGUGGGGAGUUUUUGAAGCCAGUGUUGGAAAUGUUGACAAGGGAAGAAAGCUUUUAAAGAUAGGUCAUGCACUUAAUCCAAGGGAUCCUGUUCUACUUCAGUCUCUAGCUUUGUUGGAAUAUAAACACUCAACUGCAAAUCUUUCUCGGGUGUUGUUUAGAAGAGCAUCUGAAUUAGACCCAAGUCACCAACCAGUAUGGAUGGCAUGGGGAUGGAUGGAGUGGAAAGAAGGAAAUAUAACCACAGCUAGGGAAUUAUACCAAAAGGCACUGUCAAUUGACUCGACCAGUGAUACUGCUGCACGAUGCCUACAGGCUUGGGGAGUCCUAGAACAAAGAAUUGGCAACCUAUCUGCAGCACGUAGAUUAUUUAGAUCAUCUCUAAACAUAAAUUCUCAGAGUUUCGUCACAUGGAUGACUUGGGCAGCAUUUGAGGAGGAUCUUGGAAAUUCUGUUCGUGCUGAGGAAAUCCGCAAUCUCUAUUUCCAGCAGCGUACUGAAGUUGUCGAUGAUGCUUCAUGGGUUAUGGGAUUCCUAGAUAUCAUAGACCCAGCAAUUGAUAGUGUAAAGAGACUCUUAAAAUUAGACCAAAACCCAUCUAGUGCACCCCAGGAUUCCUUGAGAAGAAUGGCUGUGAUUGAUGAUAAUUACACUAAUGAAGACUCAAUCGGUGUUUACUCUAAUGGCGACGACAAGGAAAGUGACAGUGGCUUUGAUGUGGAUGCUUUUAUCUCUGAAAGAUUGUAUUUAGACCCAAAUAAGCUGGAUUUUCUGUUGGAAACGACAAGAAUGAACUUCGCAAAAAGAUCAAGAGGUAAAUUUUCAGUCUUUUCCUAACUCCUAGAGGAGAGCCUUGUCAACACAACAGAUUAUGAAGCUUCAAGACGGGUCAACAGUGAAAUACUUACUAAUUUGAACGAUUCCCCAAUCGAUCCUCCUCAAUCGAAAUCCUUGAAAAUCAAAAUGUAUUAUUGCCCGUUAAUUUGUAGAGCAUGAAAGCAGCUUUGAACCCGAUUAGUUAUCAGUUAACAGUCAUAUGUAAGGGACCUUGACUGGUAUAAAUUUACAAUAAUUUACAAUUUUUCAAAUCUGUAAUUAAUUCAACAGAUCUAUUCUUAUGUAAUUGAUGCCCUUCAAGCCAAAUCCUUCAUUAAUAGCCCAA